GACCACGAGUGUCGUCGGCCACCUGUGAAUUUGGAAAAAAGGGAGGUGCACCGUGCACCAGGAACUAUUAUUCAGAUUAAUUGGCUGGAGUGCAGUGCGCAUAGAACUGACUGAUCUAUUCCCACCUCAUCUAGGCACCUAGUGGAAUGACGAGAGUCCCGUUCCCACUACAUCGAAGUACAAUCAGCAGAAUGGGCUCUUCUAGUCGUUUAAUCGGCUUCAGCUGCCUCUUGGUCCUCAUCCAGGCACUGGCUCCCGCGCACGCUGCCGUGCACUCUGUGUUCACCCACAAGAACGCCUCCUCGUCCCUGGGCCAGCUGGUUACUUCGAGCACACUGGUCUGGGAAAGCUACGACCCCAAGGACACCACGCAGUUACAGUUUGCCGUGGAGGGCGGAAAGUACAUCACCGAGGAUGAGCAUUAUCCCAUCUACGUGUGCCGUGUGCCCAUCGAUGGCUUCCAGGUCUCCGGCCACACCGAGAAGAUCAUGCAGAGGCAUGUCUGUGUAGCGGCCCACUACAAGCACGGCAAGUAUGACAACUUCGACGUACUCAUGAACAAAGGACACUUGGGAAAGGUUGGCUGGCGCCAUUGGCGAAAGUUUGAUGCCGGAGUGCCGGUGGGCGCGAUCCGCAUUGGAGACGACUCCUACAUCGGACGCCACAGGGCCUCGCAUGAGCCGAAUAAGGAUGGCAUCAUCACACACUGGGGAGCGGACUUUAACCUGGGUCACUUGGAACCCGAGGGCCUCGGAAAAAUCCGGGUAAUUGAGAAUGAGCGCGAAAAAUACUACGUCGAUGGCGAAGUUCUCGUCGAGACAGAGCCCUUUCGCUACGAACUGAGGGAUAUUAAGCUGGACCGCUUACGGACCGAAAGACGAGAGAAUCUCACGGAACUGGCCACCAGGAGGCUGGAAAAUCUGGGAGACAAGUACAGCACCGUGGAGACCGUUCUAAGCUACAGCUUUGACUACAAACAGAAUUGGGGAAAUCACGAGGGCGUGGCCCGGGGUCUGCCCACUAAAAUCUUCGAAAAAGAUGUACCCAUCCCAGCUGAAAUCAACUGGGGACUUAAGCACGGCGAGAAACGAUCGGAGAACAAGGCGGUUCAUACGAAACUUUGGCCCGGCACUGCUAUCAAUGUUACCCUACGCGGCAACUAUGUGACCCUGGAGGCGCCGUACAGUGGCAAGCUCUUUGCGUUCUACUACGGCAGCGACGAGAGUGUUUCCCGGAAGAUCAGCGCUGAGGUCAGCAAGAGCUACUUGAAGGACGUGAAGCUGGAGUUCAGUCCCGUCUACUGGAUUGAAAAUGGAACUCUUGUGCCAACAACGACAACAACAACGACAACAUCCACAUCGACAACGACACACGCCACCACGACCAGCACCAACGAGCCCACGCCCAUCCACGAGCCACCGCUGGUGCAUAUGAAGGAUCAGGGAGUGCAGCACUCCGGUCCCGAUACGUUGGAAAAGACCCUGCACGACUCUCCCUCCAGCAACGAAGUCAACUCGCACGAGGCGCCCGAGAACAUGUCCUCGAAUCCCGGAAAGGACGUGGCGCUGGCAGGAUUUGGGGUGAAUGCAGCAGACUCGAUCACCGCUGCUGGCACGGCUUUCAUGACGCUAUUUCUGUCGGUUCUUCUGAGUCUGUAGAUGCGAUCGAGCUCCGGGCUUAGCAUAGCGUUUAAUUGUUGUUGUUGUACCUGUUGUACCCGUCUUGAGAGCAAAAAAAAAGUGAAAAGAAGCGCAGAUAGGCAGAGCGAGGAAAGAAAGGCAUAUAGGAAAUAGUAACCCCUAGAACUGGGAAGAUUUUGGCGUGAGAGCGGAAAGCAAAAGUUGAUAUUUUUAUACUUGUCCCCAGGCUUCUUCUAUUAUACACAUGCAGUUAGCGAAAGAAAAAGGAACGAUCAAGAAGAUAAACGUAAUACAUUCCUAAAAAGAAUCCCUCACGAACGGAAAUGAAUCAAAAGUAAAAGUUAAAGAAACAAGUAUAUAUAUAUAUAUGUAUACUGCAUUCGUGUAGAAAUAUUUUAAAAACUUAUCAUUUGCAAUACAGGAAUUAAUGUUCUAUGAUUUCGAAUGGCUUCUCAUUUUGCUAGUUCAUAAGAGCCUUAAUUCGUAACAAGUAGAAAAGGUACUAAAAUUGAAUUGACCAUUGUUUUAGGGGUGAUAUUAUAAAUCGCGCUCUAUAAUACGAUGUAUUGUAUAUGUCUAAAAUGUAAACCUAUGUAAAACAUAAGUACGAGUAUAUGUAUGAUAUUGUGUAAGUGAAACACUCCAAAUAUGUAAAUUAGAAACCCCUUGAAUUUAAAUAUAAUUUGCUUUGUGUGCUCUUUUGUUUUUAGCCGAUUCUUGAUCCAAUUGGCUACAAUUUGAAUUAAAUAACUUCGAAUGAGCAAUGAAUCUCCUUCCCAUUUCGUAUAAAAAAUAAAAAUAAAGCUUGUAAAUUAUAAAAUGACAAACAA